AUGAUUUGUACCAGUCCUCAGCCACUUAGUCCAUCAUGUUCUGAAAUAUCAGUAGGCUCACCUAGUCCACCACCAAUACAAGAUGAUUAUUUUCAAUCUUAUAAAAUAUCGACAAUUGAUGAACCUAAUGACCAUCAUCCACCAAAUCAAUCAUCAUCCAAGUUAAACAACGACAGGAGAAAGAGUUUCAAUAUAGCAGACAUUCUUGGUCAAAAUAACAAAAUAGAGUCGAUAGAGUCACAAAGUAAAAUUGUGAGGCCUUGGGAUCCACUUAAUGUUACAACUACUAUAAGGCCAUUUUUUCCUCCGUCUUUAUUUCAAUAUGAACAAAGACUUGCUUUAGAUUAUCAUCACCAAUUAAGUGAACAUUUCAAAGCGCAUGCACAGUUACUGCGACAUAUUCAUUUUGACAUAAUCCCAUCUGAAAGUGGAUCAGACAGAUCCAGUUCUGUGACAAGUGAUUGCUGCUCACCUGAAAUAAAUAAACCAAGUGAAAGUAGCGGCUCCCUGAAUAGUCAACUCCCAGGAUAUCAAAAAAAUAAAAGCAAUAAUGAGACUCCGUUAGAUGCACUCCUUCAAAUGACUAACAAACCAUUUACUGAAACACAAUCCGAUGGAGAUCAAUCACAUUUGAACCUUUUCUCAACACGAUCUCAACCAAAGAAAAAACGAAAGUCCCGUACAGCAUUUACAAAUCAUCAAAUUUUCGAACUAGAAAAGAGAUUUUUGUACCAAAAGUAUUUAUCACCAGCUGAUAGAGAUGAAAUAGCAGCUUCGUUAGGAUUAUCGAAUGCACAGGUGAUAACGUGGUUUCAGAAUCGAAGAGCGAAGCUGAAACGAGAUAUGGAAGAGUUAAAGAAAGACGUUGAAACUGUCAAAGUGUUAACAGCCCACAAAAGCUUUUUGGAGAAUGUAAAUGAUAUGAAUAUUCUUAAGAAAAAAACAUCUAAUGAUAUAGUUCAUAAUGAUUGUAAUUAA